AUGGGCGCUCAGCAGUCAGAACCUCAGGACCGCGAGAAGGUCGUUCCCGCGCCCGCCAGCCCCGCGCCCUUGCCCGCACCCGCCAGCCCCGCGCCCGCCAGUCCCGCGCCCUUGCCCGCACCCGAAGCGCUGACCUCCCCAGCGCAGGGCUCGCUGACUGCCAACUGCUGGAGCUGUCGCGUGCUCGCUGGGUCGGGGCUGAUCGGGGCGGGGGGCUACGUGUACUGGACGGCGCGGACCCCCAUGAAGCUCGGAUACCCCCCGGGUCCAGGGACUAUUACGCAGAUGGUCGUCGGCAUCAGCAUUGCCGCUUGGGGGGUAGUCGUCCUGACGGACCCAAAAGGAAAAGCUAAGCGAGUUGAUGAAAAGUGAAUUUGUCAUCUCCCUCCGUCCUGGGGACACAGAUUUGAAUGUGGACGGACACAUGGACACACUUCAGCACUGCAGAUGCUGCAAGACUGACAAGACUAAGCCUGGGUUCUCCUUCAGCCAGGAGUGUUUUUGGCCUUCUUAGGUUCUGAGGGCGGGGACCGGCACUUCCCUCAAGAAAGAGCAGAUUGUGGGUUUUACUUGGGGGAAGAAUAUGUAUAAUUAAAGGGGAAAUGAGAAACUGG